UGGCACUUCUUGCACAACAACUCACACUUCAUUCAUCCAUACAUACAUCCACCACAUCGCCCAUGCCUAACAUAUCACGCAAACCUCCUCCGAGUUUCUACCCUCCCUCUCACUCGCCCUCGCCUUCUCUCUAUGCCCCCAUACAAUCAACCCCUGCACCCUCUUAUGACCACCACGUCAACAACAAUACCUUGAAUCCAUUCUCCGACGCACGUGAAGUCGGUGCAUAUGCUCAACUCCAAGGAGAAGAGCCAAUAAAUAGCGCACCUUUAUACCAGCCUCCGUAUGCUCCCCAACUACUCGUCGCUCAACCAACUCCUGUUUCUGCUCGCCUUCCGUUUUUUGAAGCUGCGCUUGCCCGCGCGCGCGGCAUUCAAACACCCAACUUACCAGAAGCCCCGACUCCAACUUACGCCCAACCUUUACCUUCCUAUCUUCCACCUCCCGACCCCAAUCACCCUGAUCUAUCUGUUGGUUUGACUCAAGCCAAUACAAUUCGCUACGCAAUCGAUCCAAGGUCUCAUUUGAGGGAAGAAUCUCGCUCUCCUUCGCCGUUCAUGGAUGACAGCUUCGUUUAUAAUGACGCUACUCAUCUUCAUAACGUUGAACCGGACGUCGAAAAUGCUUUGCUCGGAAGUGGAAUGGGUUAUGAACCCGAGAAACGGGUCGAAUCUUCGAUGGGCUUCAACGACUAUGAUGGCGAUCUCUCAGUCCCCCAGUCAUUUGGCGGCCGACCCCCUUCAUGGGAGCAGGGCGGUAUAUUGGAUGAAAAAGCGGAAAUGUCGACUACUAAGCAUUUUGGGCCUGCGCCUGCAGGUCGAGUCGGUCGGCGAGCGCACAACGCUGCGGGGUACCGGAGGAUCAAACAAUCAGCCACCCUCGAUGAGAAUGGUUUCUUUGCCAUCGAGAUGAACAUCCCCACUCGACUGGCACAAUUUCUACCUAUCAAGGGAGUAGAAGAGCAAAAGACUACAAGGUAUACUGCGAUUACCACCGACCCAGAUGAUGUCCCAGCAGCAGGCUUCCGUCUUCGGCAGAACAUAACCUCUCCACCCCGACAGACUGAACUCUUCAUCGUGAUCACAAUGUACAAUGAAAACGCCGAGCUCUUUUGCCGAACACUUUAUGGAGUCAUGAAAAAUAUUGCCCACCUAUGUGGGCGUAAGAACUCGAGGGUCUGGGGCAAGGAUGGUUGGCAAAAGGUCGUCGUUUGCAUUGUUGCGGACGGUCGUAAGGCAGUCAACCCCCGCGUCCUCGAUUGUUUAGCUGCACUCGGAGUAUACCAAGAAGGUGCAAUGACGAACACAGUAAAGGAUCGACCGGUCACAGCGCAUGUUUUCGAAUACACGACCAGUUUUGCUCUUGAUGGUGAUUUACACUUCAAAUAUCCAGACAAAGGCAUUGUUCCAUGCCAGAUUAUCUUUUGCAUGAAAGAGAAAAAUGCCAAAAAGAUCAACUCCCAUCGAUGGUUCUUUAACGCCUUCGCGCCCUUGCUAUCACCAAAUGUCUGCAUUCUUCUUGAUGUGGGAACGCAACCAGCUCCGAAAUCCAUCUAUCAUCUUUGGAAAGCAUUUGAUGUCAACUCUAAUGUUGGUGGUGCCUGUGGAGAAAUUGCAACCUUCAAGGGCAAAACUUGGAGAAGUUUAUUGAACCCCCUUGUCGCCGCUCAAGCCUUUGAAUACAAGAUGUCCAACAUCCUCGACAAACCUUUGGAGAGUCUUUUCGGAUACUGUACUGUUUUGCCUGGUGCUUUCUCCGCCUACAGGUGGAUUGCUUUGCAAAACAAUGGGGAUGGGAGAACGGGACCGUUGGCGAGUUAUUUUGCUGGUGAACAGCUCAAUACUGGAAAGGCAGACACAUUCACUGGUAAUAUGUGAGUCCAAAAUUGUAGAACUGGGAGCAUUUUACUGACUGCCUUGUUCUUCAU